GUCACAGCAGACUCUGCUUACGACUCUGCAGGAUUCAUGUCCGGCAAUCAAACCACAAACGUCACCGGCGCUGUUACGUCCGGAUUCGCCACAUUCGGAAGCCAAGUUGUCUUCAUCGAUAACGGAACUUAUGAAGCUCAGUUCUGGGCCCAGACGACCGACGAGACAAACGUGUGGUUUUUGAAGUGGAAUAGUGCUGGCUCUUCCCAGACGGAUAGCACGCCUGUUGCGAUCAAAAUAACUGCGCCCAGCAAUUGAGCAGCACUUGGUGGGCAAGCGAAAGGGGAGUUGAGGGAGAAGGGAGGCAUAUAUUUGUUUUUCUUGGG